CGCGACGUUCCUCGGGACGGCGACCGCCGCGUCACCCCGCCGCGUCAACGUCCGCGCGGGGCCGUCCGCGCGCGAGCUCAGCGGGGCGAGCGUCGAACCCUGGAGACGAGGCGCGGGAUCGGGGCGCUGAGAUAUCCCGCGCGACGAGUCACGUAUCUCGCGGGUUGCCCAGUGACGGAACCGACCGAGGCGGAGCAUGAGCGACACUCUCGACGCCCGAUGCCGGGCGUGGGAGGACGAGCAACGAAGGCUCGACGCGUCGUGGAUUUCCGGUCCGUGCCCGUGCGCAAAGGACGCAAAGGCGCCGGGGCAGCCCACUUCGUGCUACGUCGGUGGUAAGGCCCCGUCCCCGAGCACCACCUCCGGGGGCGUCGACGUUCAACUCGCGAACAUCGUCGGCGCCACCUUCUUCGCGGUGAUGAUGAUUUUUGGCUUUUACGCCGUCUACCGAGGCUUCCGAUCGCGAGAGCGCGCCAAGAGGCGCAUCGCCACGGAGAUCAUCCGCGUCCUGAAGGAGGACGAGGAGCGCGCGAUCAAGUACAAGGUGCUCCAACUGACCCAGCCCUGCGGGACGGUCGCGGCGGCGACGAGGUGCCCGGAUGAGGAGCAAGGACCCGACGCGCCGGCUGGGCCGCUGGCGGAUGGCGCCGGGGAUGUGAUCGAGGAGGGUCUGAUGGCGUCGCUGAGGAUUCAGGUGGAGAUGCACGAGGCGAGGGCGGCGAGGCGAAGGCGGCGGAUCAUGUGCGGGCUCGCGGCGGUGCUGGCGUCCGCGAGCGAACGGAUUCGGGGACGGACGCGGGAGGCGGACCUGAGCGAGCGGUUCAGCUCGCUCUCGCUGGAUGAGCUCAUGAUGGUGCAGCUCAGGCUCAGUCGGCGAAACGAGCAGCAGGAGAGGCUGGAUACGCUCAGAUUUCAGCGCUCGCAGGCGCCGGUGUCCGUGGUGGUGGAGAAUCCCUGACGUCACCCGCCUUGGGAGAGCGAACAUGUUGUACUUUGAAGCGCUUUGUGUAAACACGGCACACGUCAACC